AUGGUCUCUCUCAAGGCCGUCCGAGCAUCCAAUGCCAGCCUCCGGACCUUAUCGAACAUCACCGCGCUAUUCGUGGGCGGCACCAGCGGGAUUGGCCAGAGCACCCUGCGCCACCUGGCCCGAUACGCCGACAGCCCGACCGCGUAUAUUGUAGGUCGCAGCCAGGCACGAGCCUCACCGUUCUUGGCCGAACUGCGCAGCCUGAAUCCCAAAGGUCGUUUCCAGUUCAUUGAGGCCGAUGUCUCCCUGGUGCGCAAUGUCGACUUUGCCUGCCGCCAGAUCCUGGACCAAGUAGAACACCUCAACUUCCUCUUCAUGACCCCCGGUGGGAUUUCUCUUGGAGGCCGAAAUGAAACUAGGGAAGGCAUCGACUACCUCUUCUCUCUCCGUUAUUACGCGCGCAUGCGCUUUUUGCAGAACCUCCUCCCCUUGCUGACCACCGCCGCAUCCUCCGGGCCCAGCCGAGUCGUCAGCGUCUAUGGCGGCGGCUUCGAAUUCGCCAUCAACCGCGACGAUCUCGAUCUCAAGCACACCUUCUCAUUACUGAACGCCUAUAAGCACUCCAUCACGAUGACUACCGAGAGCAUGGAACAUCUUGCCCAUUACCACCCCUCUAUCAGCUUUAUCCAUGCCUACCCGGGCCUCGUGGGCACCAACAUCUACAAUAACAGCUUUCCCUGGCCCAUUGCCUCCUUCUACAACGUUGCCAUGUGGCCUUUCCACUCGGUCAGCCUGCAAGAGAGUGGCGAGCGGCAUUUAUUUCACCUGAGCUCCGCUCAGUAUCCAGCCAAGCAGCAGCCCGCCGGAGCCAUCCAGGGAGUUUCCGUGCAGCCGGAAGUCAAAGACGUGGCGACAGGCACCACGGGAGAACCCGGCAGUGGGGUGUAUUUGCUGAACUGGAAAGGGGAAGUCCGAUCGAGUCCCCAGAUUCUGAAGGAGUAUCGCGAGCAAGGGGUUCCAGAGCUGGUGUGGAAGCACACCGAGGACUUGUUAGACGAGGCGGCCCGGCGAUAG